AUGGACGACUUGAGCCUCUCAUUGGCAAUCAUGCUGACCCUGCUUGGUGUUAUCGCCACGGUGAUGACCAUGUACCGAAAGUACCGGCUGCGGCACUACUCGAUCCCGGUGAGAGAUCCGACCAAGGGCCACAGGUUCUUCAUGGUGGACAUGUUUACCACCACCACCUACUGCAAUGUGGAGGAGACCAGGUUGAUCCACGGUGCCCGGUGCGACACUUGUGGCAUCUGUGUGGAUGACAGUCAGAUGAAGGAAGCCAACAAGAGAAUCCCCUGCAAGGCUGUCUCUUCCAAAGAUACUGUCAUGAAGCACCACUGGGUCAGAGGCAAUUUGCCAAACUACAGCGAGUGUAUGAUCUGCAGCCAGGAUUGUGGGAUGGAAUUUUCUCUCAGUGACCUUCGUUGUGCCUGGUGUAAGAACACUGUGCAUGAUUCAUGUGCUGCCAAGACUGACACGUGUGAUCUCGGCAAAUACCAACAGUUUAUUGUACCUCCCACCUGUUUGGAGGUCAAGUGGGUGGGGGUCAAGGGCACCAGACAGAGGCAUCUGAUCAUCAAAAAUGUCCGCCAUCUCAAGGUGGGACUGUGGACGCCACUGAUUGUCAUCGCCAACAGGAAGAGUGGAAGUAACGAUGGGGAACUGUUGCUGAGGAACUUCCGCGGCUAUUUAAAUUCUGCCCAGGUGAUUGACAUCCAAGACAUCAGCCCAGAGAAUGCCCUGGAAUGGUGCAACCUGCUGCCAGAUGUCACAUUUCAGCUGCUGGUGUGUGGUGGGGACGGUACCAUCGGCUGGGUUCUCACUGCCAUAGAGCGGCUUCAGCUGCAGAAUCCUCCUCACAUCUGCAUCCUCCCACUUGGGACAGGAAAUGACCUUUCACGGGUGCUGGGUUGGGGUGAAGGCUACACUGGAGAUGUUGAAGUGGAAAAGAUCCUCAAUGAUAUUAAAAAAGCCAAGCCAGUAAAACUAGACAGAUGGUCGGUGGAUAUCAAGCAUGAGAAACAUUUUGGUUUAGCGAGACCUUCCAAGACUUACAUCAUGAACAACUACCUGUCAGUCGGAGUAGAUGCCCUUGUGACCUUGAACUUCCACAGACAACGAGAGAGUUGGCCAGCUUUGUUUGCUCACAGGCUCAUUAACAAGAUCUGCUACCUGUCGUAUGGGACCAAAGAUGUGCUAGAGAGAGAGUGUAAACACCUCCACAAGAAGAUCAAGGUUAUAUUAGACGGGAAGGAGAUUGUGUUGCCAGAGAUUGAGGGUGUGGUUGUCCUCAACAUUGCCAGUUGGGGCGGUGGAUGUCAGCCGUGGGGAUCUGGUGUGUCUGAGGAAGGUUAUACAGAUCCAAGGUAUGAUGAUGGUGUCUUGGAGGUGAUGGGGCUCUUUUCAUCAUUCCAUAUAGCCCAGCUGCAGGUAGGACUGGCUUCACCGCUGCGGCUAGGUCAAGCUAAGGAGGUCACGAUAAUCUUGCAUGGAGGGAAUGCACCCAUACAGGUGGAUGGGGAACCAUGGGAGCAGCACCCGGCUGUCAUUUCCAUCACGCACAGGGGUCAAGCGGCCAUGAUGGCAUUAAAGGAUUCCUGA